UUAAUUUAAUUUAUUUUUUAUUUUAUAUAAUUUUUUCCCCUUCCUCUUAAAACCAACGCAAACCCACCAAAUUUCCCCCUCCAUCUCUCUCUCGCUUUCUUUUCUGUGAUUCUGAAUUUUGGAGCAAAAUGGUUAUGGCUGCCGAUUCCAAAUUCCAUGUUCUUGCUGUCGAUGACAGCCUCAUAGAUAGAAAACUCAUCGAAAGGCUUCUCAAAACUUCCUCCUAUCAAGUUACUACGGUUGAUUCUGGUAGCAAGGCCUUAGAAUUUCUUGGUUUGAUUCAAGAACAUCAACAUACAAACUUCAAAUCCCCUUCUAAUUCUUCCUUUUCCUCCUCCAACAAUCAUCAUCAGGAAGUGGAAGUGAAUCUUAUCAUCACUGAUUACUGCAUGCCUGGAAUGACUGGCUUCGAUUUGCUCAAGAAAGUUAAGGAAUCAACGUCGCUAAGAAACAUACCAGUGGUGAUAAUGUCAUCGGAAAACGUACCUUCGAGAAUCAGCAGAUGUUUGGAAGAAGGCGCGGAAGAGUUCUUCCUGAAGCCAGUUCGAUUGUGCGAUGUGAAUAAACUGAAACCGCAUAUGAUGAAGACGAGAUUGAAAGAGGAUCAAAAUCAAGAAGAAGAAGAAGAAACAAGAACAGAGAUCGAAUUGGAAUCGGUUGAAGAACAACAACAAGAAGAGUUGGAAUUUGAGAUGAAGAGUAAGAAAAGAAAGGGAGGUAUGGAUGGAGAAGGUGUGGAGGCGGAGAGAAGAAGAAGAAGAAGAUUCGACAACAAUGGCGUCGCGACUGUGAUUUGAAGAAUUUGAUUAACGAUAAGGCUCCGCCAUUAGAGGAAUUGUAUAUAAAGAGAGUUUAUGAAAAUUAGAGGAAGUUGGUGAUUCGUUUCUUACAAUGGAAGAUUUGUUUUGUUAUACAUCAAAUUGAAUUUUGUUUUUCCAUUUCUAAACUGAAUAACAAACUCUUCUCUCUCGAAUUAGCCAAAAAAAAAAA